AUGAAACGAGAGAGUAGAUCGAGAGUGAAUUCCAAUAUGUCUAGAACCAUUCCAUUUCUUUUCAAAUUAGUUAACAGGGCAGUAAUUUUACCUACGGCAGGUUUUACGCUGGGAGUUGGCGCAUUUGUAAAGGCAUGGCCGGAUGAUGCUGGCGUCCUAUCAUUGAACGAUCCGCAAACGCCGGCAGAGUUGAUUAGUGCAACUAAGAGCCGGCAACCUAUGGAGCUACAGAGAAUUGAUAUUCUCACUCAAAUCGAGAAAAGCGAAGUCUACAACAAACUAGCCCAGGAUGAUAAGAUGCACCAUGUCUUAUUUAGUGAGAAAAUACCUAGCGGACAUAGGGAAUACCAUGUAGGACAAGGCCUCUUGUUCGGUAAAGGAAAGCUUGAAAUUGAUCCUUUGGUUUUCCAUGACUUGAAUCAUGGUGAAUUGACCGUGAUUUAUCAUUUAGGCGCUGAGUUAGGAAACCGAGACGGUAAUGUUCAUAAAGGUUUACUGUCAUUGUUGCUAGAUGAAGCAUUAUGUUAUUGUGGCUUUCCUCUGUUGCCUAGCAAAAGAGGUGUAACUGCAAGACUGUCCCUAGAGUUUCUUGAGGAUAUUCCUGUGGAUACUACGAUUAUGUUAAAGGCAAGUGUCAAGGAGAUCAAAGGUAGAAAAUGUAUCAUUGAGGGGCACUUGGAACAGUUUCCAUCGGAAAGUCCUUCAAAAAAUGGAAUCAAAAAUUGGAACUUACUCCGCAUUUGGGGUUCCAAUGAUAAACGGGAGGUGGCAAAGAAAUUUGCCAAUGCCAACUGCGUCCUUGUUGAGCCUACUUGGUUCAAGUAUUUCAAAUGGCUUGAUAUGUUUUGA